AUUUCCCUCUCUCUCUCCCUCUUCCUAUUCGUCCUCCCUCGCUGCCUCUACUAGCACUCUCCCUCUCACUCGGCCUAUAGUUCACCGUCGCCCGUCUUGUUCAGCAGCCCGUAGCGUGAGGUCAACAGCGGAAGGUAAACGGUAAACGUAGCGUGAACACUUAAUCAACAAAACGUCUUCCCAUCAAAGAUGGCUACAUCAGUGGGUUCGUGGGAGGUUGUGAAGGGCAGCAAGAGCAAAAAAGGCAAGAAUGAAGUGUUGACCAAAUCCCAGAAAAAAGCUCUGCUAGAACGGAUGCCGAAACUACAACCAAAAGAAAACUCAGCCAGUGAUAGCACCAUAUUUGAAGCAUUUUGGGCCAGUAAAAAGUCGAAGGCAGCAGCCAACAAUAACAUCACCAACAACAACAACAACAAUAAAACUAACAACAGCAAGAUGGCGAACAAUGUGAAACCCAAGGUGAACGACAACAAGAAGAAUGGGAAUGCAAAGAAGAAAAAACCGGAAGCAGAAGUGAAAGAAAAGAAGAAAAUUAGUGUUGAAGAUGCUAUUAACCAGAUUGACAAAGCUACACUUGAGCAGAUUCUUAUAAAAGACCAGACCAUGUUCCCAGAUAACCCAGAAGUUUGGCUAAAAGAUCUCUCAUCUUACCUAAACGUUCAGUUUGAAAAAUUUCAAGAAAAAGAUCCAGUUUUCAAAGAUAAACCAAAAGAUUUCCCCCUCUGUGUGCUUAGAAGUGAUGUGAAAAAGUUUCUUCUAUUAACCUUACGUCGCAGUCCUGCCGUCCAGCGUGAACUGAUUUUCCGGCAUUCCAUUAACAGUAUGCUGAAUGAAUCGGCAAAAGGUCUACCAACUUAUGGUUAUCGUAUAUUUAUUCAGUUAUUGGCUCGAGAAGAACCAGAUCUAGUCAUCUCCAAACUUCCACAGUACAUGGAACUUUUAAAAAGUCACCAAAAUCGCCCUUUGCGUUGCUCUGCUAUCCUUUGGGCUUUAGGGCAAGCUGGUUUUAAGGACCUUUCUACAGGUUUGAGAAUUUGGAUGGAACUUAUGAUUUCUUCAUUGGGAUUUCGUACAAUAACGGUGGCAUCAUAUCCCGUAGACUACUUAGAGACGUUAUUCAGUAUUCACAAGAAUGUGUCUUCUGCAUACGGAGUAAUUUCUGUAAAGGAAUAUUUCUACAUCCUUGAUUUGAUAUACAACACUAACAUCAAUAUACAAAAUGAUUUACGGAAAAAAUUAAAAGUGUUAAAUGCAAAAUUGAAGGUUAUUACAUAUGGACCAAAUCCAGACAAAACGUUACGAUCUUUUUUCCCAUCCUACCUAACCAGAUUGAAUUCCACAUGCUCUCAAGCCUUGAAAACAGAGCUACUGACCAGUUUGGUGAAGUGCCUCUUGAAAGAUGACCAUUGUUUUAGUCUGUGGCAGCAAAUGUAUCCAAAGCACCUAAAACAGUCAGGAAUUCUGAUGACUUAUUUGUUUGAGAAUUGGAAAAGAAUAUCAAGAGAGGUUAAUCAGAAACAACUGUACGAUACUCUUCAUUCCUUUUCUGUGACUAAUACUGAAUUAUCGGUGAAGGGUUCCAAAGACCCGUGUUUGUCCAUAUGCAAGGAUUUGUUGCAGAAAAUGACGCAGCCCCAGUUUCCUUGGUCCCAUGUGGUUUUACUCAUCAUAUCUUGUCUGGUUUCAUUGUUUUUCAUUGAUGUUUACCUGGGUGGCAGUUUUAGAGGUUCACAGACAGUGCAGUUUCUAGACAGGUUCGGUGUCUUAGAUGCUACACUCCACACAUGGCAGCGAAUAGAGUUCUACUCUUUCAAAACUCGAGUGUUUCUUAAAGAAAAUUCCAUAAAAUAUUACAAUGUUGCUGAAAAAACACUGAGACCCUACUUAUUGACAGCAUGGAUGAAGACGAAGGAAUUUAGUUUGUAUGUUGUUGAUGCCACAGCCUCUCAAAGACAUUGGUUGCAUGUAAAAUUAUUAGAAGGCAAGGAAUGGCUGUACAAUGCAUCACCAGAGUUCUGGGACCAACUGAUAGAUUUCUUCUGGUUAUCUCUCUCUUUCCUCCAAGACUACUGCCUCUGGUUAUGGCAACAUCUCAUAUAUUUCAGCCAAAGUUUCUACACAUUCCUCUCAACACAAAUAGCAGAGGGUGAUUUCUCUGUGAAGAAUAUCCAGGAAACUUUAUCAAAAGCAUUGGGGAAUAUCCAGCACGUUACACUGACUUUUGUCCAGUGGUGUAGCAAAUACCUGGAAUCUUCUACAGCAGCAACUUGAGAAUCGGCUGGAAUUGAAGGAGAAUUUUAAUUUUUUAAAAUUUGUUAAGACCAUUAAAUAACGCAAAAACAAACAACUAAAGCUAAAAUGAAAGGAGACAAAAGUACUUGUUUGAAUAAAAAAUAAAUAAAAAAGCUCCUAUUAA